AGUCAGCAUCUUCUUUUGCUGCUUCAACGCAUUUGCUGCCACCAGCUAAACUGACAAUAAACAAGCUUAGCACCAAUUAACCUUUCCCGAGAUGCCCAGUGUCACGGUGAAGGAUGUGAACCAGCAGGAGUUUGUCAAAGCCCUGUCAGCUUUUCUCAAAAAGUCAGGGAAGCUGAAAGUGCCGGAGUGGGUGGACACUGUGAAACUGGCCCCCAAAGAGCUGGCUCCAUGUGAUGAUAACUGGUUCUACACACGAGCAGCGUCCACGGCUCGUCACCUGUACCUGCGCGGGGGAGUGGGUGUCGGAGCCAUGAUCAAGAUUUACGGAGGUCGUCAGAGAAACGGCGUCUGUCCCGCCCACUUUAGCGUUGGCUCUCGAAAUGUGGCUCGCAAAGUCCUGCAGGCACUAGAGGGCCUAAAGAUGGUGGAGAAGGACCCCAAUGGUGGACGCAGACUAACACCUCAAGGUCAUAGAGACUUGGAUCGAAUUGCUAGUCAGGUUGCCUCUGCAAACAAGAAGCAGCGCAGUUUACAAAGCAGUGCCUGAGGAAUGCUUGCACACAGCCCAGAGCAAUGAUAUGUGCUGUAUGACACGAUUUACUCAUAUUUACUCAAGUGUGAUCACCCCUCUCUCUACACCAAU